UAUAAUCAGAGGAUUGUUGCUAUUAAGAAGAUCCACAGAGUGUUUGAAGAUCUCAUUGACUGCAAGAGAAUUCUCAGGGAAAUUGCUAUACUCAAUAGGCUUGACCACGACCACAUAAUAAAGAUGUUGGAUAUCUGUCCGCCUGAUGACCUCGAGAAUUUCGAUGAACUUUACAUCGUGCUCGAAAUUGCUGAUAGUGAUUUCAAGAAGCUCUUUCGGACGCCGGUUUUCCUCACGGAACUUCACAUCAAGACUCUGUUAUACAAUCUUCUGGUUGGAGUCAAGUAUCUUCACUCUGCGGGAAUAUUACAUCGCGAUUUGAAACCCGCAAACUGUCUGGUUAACCAAGACUGCUCAGUGAAAAUAUGCGAUUUUGGUCUCUCGAGGGCGAUAGGGAUGGAAAAGCAGUUGCACUUGCAGCAUUUACCUAACACUCCUAGAGAAAUAGAUGUAGUGUGUGGGAUUCGAACCCGGGUCCUUUGGAAAGUACUGGCUUAUCAGGCCGAGGACACAACCGUUGGAGCAGCGUCGACGGCGACGGCCGCCGGGCCGAUAGUCCCUCAUACUCUGAAUUUGAAAAGGCAACUGACUGGGCAUGUUGUGACAAGGUGGUAUCGGGCACCCGAGCUGAUCCUGCUAGAGGAAAACUAUGGCGAGGCAAUAGAUGUGUGGAGUGUCGGCUGCAUCUUCGCUGAGCUCUUGG